UGCCCUUACGUUAUUAUGGCAGUGCUAAUUUUUAGCACUGCUGUUUCCUCAACAAAUUCUAAUUUUCCUGGUGAAAGCGAUAACAAUCUCAGCAACCAGGAUGAGCUGGAUGGCAAUCUAAGCGCUGAAGAUGUGGAGAAUAAUGUCGAGACAGUUGUCGUUCAGCCUGAUCAGCUGUCCUGCAGCACUUGUAACUUGCUUUCGCUGAUAAUGAAGGAGCAGUUCGAGUCAGUCAAACGGGAGGAUAUGGUUGAACGAAUGCUCGAUACGUGUUAUAGUCUUGAUGUCUUGUCAGAGACUUGCGUCAAUAUAGUGUCCAACUACUUUGAUGACAUGUACGAUCUUGUGAAGGAGCAGCUCCAGUCGAAUGACAUCUGCGCUGCUUCUGGCAUCUGUGCGGAGGAUAACUUGGCGACAGAGUCGGAGGAAAUGACAGUUCAAAGCAAACAUGAUGAAUUUUACUGUGUUGAGUGCAAACAGAUUGUGAAACAUCUGCAUGAGACUCUUAUAAGAAACGCCACAGAAGCCCAGUUCAAGAAAAUGUUGAUGGGUGUUUGCACAUUGACUAGUAACUUUAAAUCUGAAUGCGUCAAAGUUGUGGAUCAAUAUUCUCAUGUUAUGUAUAGUAUGCUGAAGAACGACUUGAAUGCUGACAGUGUUUGCUUGCUCAUCGGAGUGUGCCAUAAGAAAAGAGAACUAGAUGUGGAUUUCACAAAUAAUGAUGCUGAGUUGGAAGAGAUACAGCCUGAAUUUAACAACGAUAGAUUCGAGCUGGAGAUGCCUCAGCCUGUUAUUCAAGAGUACCCGAAAUACGAGCACAACUGUUACAUUUGCUUAAGAGCAAUGAGGAUUUUGAAUAAGAUUGUACGCAGAGGAAACAAAGAUGAAAUCAAAGAAGCUCUGGGUCACGUUUGCCAGAAGCUACGAAAAGAUCAUCAGGGUUGCGAGGAAAUGGUAAAAAAUCAUUCCGAACAGAUUAUCGAGCUAGUCUCAAAUCAUACACGCGUUGGAUUGAUUUGCGUGACGAUCGGUAUGUGCCACAAGCGUGCUUCACAAGAGAAUUUUGAUAUCGAUGAGACCCUGUCGAAGGAGCUGGAUAAUGAAGUCGAAGUCGAGUUCAGAUUGUCUCUUAAUGUCGACUUUGAAGGCGCUCCCAAAUGUAGCAUUUGCAAAGAAGCGAUGAAGGCUUUGAAAUCGAUGAUACACCAUGGAGGCAAAGAUGAAAUCAAAAGGGCUCUGAGCCACGUUUGUCAUAGGGUAGGAAAGCUGCAUCAUGUUUGCGAGGAAAUGGUAAAUAAACAUUCCGAUCAGAUUGUCGAUCUCAUCACAAAGCAUACACCCCCUUACUUGAUAUGCUAUAAGAUCGGUAUGUGCCACAAGCGUGCUUCAGAAGAGGAUUUUGAAAUCGAAGAGACCCUGUUAGAGGAACAAGAUAAUCAGCUUGCCGUUGACAUGUUGCUCACAUCCUCGGUCAAAUGCUCUCUAUGCAAGAGGAUUUUAAAGGCUUUGGAAAAAAAGAUAAAGAAAUUUGAUGAUAGGAGUGGUAUACAAAGGGCUUUAGAAAAAAUCUGUUCCAAGUUGGGUGGAGCAUUGUCGAAAAAGUGCGAUAAAAUGGUUAAGAAGCACGGAAAUCAUAUUAUCGAUUUACUGGUCAAUGGAGUAGCAAACAAGAAAAUAUGCAGUUCAAUUGGCUUUUGUAAAAAACCCAAAUUUCUAGAGUAUUUUGCAAUCGAUGAAAUGGCGCCCGAGGAAGAAUUUUCUGAUUUGAAAGCCGUCUGCUCAUUUUGGAAAGAAUUCACCAGCGGUAAAAUUGCGGAUCAACUUGAGGGACCAACGGAUCCUGAGGGGGGGCCUUUCUGCCUGAUAUGUGAGCUCAUGGUAGCCAGGAUUAAGGAGAUAGUGGAUACCAAAGCCAAACGGAAUAAUAUUGUGCGCGGCUUCAUGAACGUUUGCGAUCACCUGCCUAACUUUAUUGGCGAACCAUGCCACUACAUUGUCCACGGUUAUUUUCCGGGCGCUUUAGAUCUGAUCAGUAAGGUAUCGCCGCAUGAGGUGUGCCACUUUCUGACGGACAGCGAUGGUCUUGGAAUCUUACAGGAAUUUGACGAAACCUUCAAUGAAUUUCUAGACACAAAUUGUGCUCUUUCUACUUAAUAAAUUUUUAUUCCAGUUCCCAUUUUUAAAAUUGUCCUCCUGGCCAUCUGUAAAACGUAUACUGUAUAACAAAUGUAUCACUUAUAUAUCACUCUAUUCUAUUCUAUGUAUCUCUAUAUAUCUUUAUUGUUAUUAAUUUUGAAUAUAUAUACAAUACUACAAUUCUACACACAUAUUGGCUGAUUCAUUAAAAGUAGAGAAGUAUGAAAACUAUCCCAUAUAUCUGUAUGUAGAAAGAUUGGUGCAAUAAUUACAGCACAAUAAAACUAACAAGUUGAUAACUUAAA